GCCCAACACGACGCCAUUCCACCCACCACCAACAACAAUAAGCAAAAGCACCCACCCAAGCAAGCAAGCCCUCCUCCCAUUGACACCAACACCACAACACCACGCCUUCCAGCAUCGACAGCAUCAUCGGCGUUUUGCCCCUUGCUCUUCACACAGAGCUGACACACGUGCUGUGUUUGUAAACAAGAAGCUGUCCCCUUGUGCUUUCACCUUCCCGCUCUCUUGACUGCGUUCGACAACAACCACAAAACCAGCCCAAACACAUCAUCAUCAUCAUAACCACCAGCAAUGGCUGACACACUGGAUGACCUUGAGCAUGUGAUGGGCCCAGACUUUGGGUUUGGGUACGACGACAAGCUGGGUGACCCCAACGUGAAGCCCAAGGUGCCGCCGCCGCCACGUGAGCUGCCGCAAGAGCGCACACCGGAGAGCCUGGUCAUUACGUUCCCGGAGCAGCAGCAGUUUCUGGAGUGGCUGUCUGUGCAACUCGUGGCUGUGAAGCCCUCCACCAACCUCGACAACCCCUUUGCCAACUUCUCGUCCUCCGUGGCAGAGAACCGCACGUACACAUGCAAGGAGGACCCGCGCACCGCCUCCCGCAUGCUCCUCAACGGGCUGGUGCCCGGCACCAAGUACAUUGCGCGCCUCGUGGUCAACAACCCCUCUGGCACUGUCAACGGCAAGCCAUCUGAGGUGCUGCUCACGCCGCCAGUGGCACCGGAGGCGCCCAAGGUGAAGGCGGUCAUGACCAAGUUUGACGCGCAGCUGCACUUUACGUUUCCAGCGCUGGGCCAGAACCUGACGCGGCUGAUUGUGCAGUGCGUGGAGGAGGGCGACGGCGUUGUUGCGUUUGAGGAUCACGAGCGCGUGAUUGAGGCGUUUGUGCCCAGCCCACAGAUUGCAACGGAGUGCGUGGUGGAGCGGCUGCGGCCGGGGACGCGGUUCAUUGCCCGCCUCGUGUGCACGAACGAGGCCGGCAUGGCGCUCGGCAGCGUGACGGAGCCCGUCAUCACGCACCCGCGCGCGCACCAGCUGGUGGAGGACGUGACGCGGCGCACAAGCACCCAGGUCGUGUUUCGGUUUGACGACCACGGCCAGUCGCUCACGGUGCUGCGCAUGCUCUGUGUGCGCGGCAAGGGGAAGGACUUUUCCAACGCAACGGCAGUGGACAUUCCAAACCCGCAGACAACGACGCGGUGCAUUGUGACGAAGCUUGAGCCAAACGUGCUGUACUCGUUCCGCCUGUAUGCGGAGAACGAGAGUGGCGGGCAGAUGGGCCCAAUCUGCCAAGUCCGCACCAUCGAGUACUCGCCGGAAUUGAACGACAAGAGCGGGUGGCUGUACGAGAUGCCGGAUAUGAGCGGGCGCAAGACGCUUGGCCGCCGCCUCUCCCUGCGCAAAACCAGGCCAAAGCGCGCAUUCUACGUGCUGGACGCAAAGCUGCUCACGUGGUACGACGAGCCGGAGGGGAAGGAGCUCGGCUUCAUGCACCUGGGCAAGGUGGCGGAGAUUGCGCACGAGGCCGGCACGAGCGAGUUUGUCAUGCAUCUCAAGACGGGCAAGCAGCGGCACUUCAACGUGGAGUCGGUGGACCCCAACGUCACCUCGGAGGCACUGUGCACAUCGUGGGUGGGGUCACUUCGCGGGGCGAUUGAGGGCAGGCCGAGCGCAACCAUGUCACGACAGGACAGCACAACCAGCGGGGGCGGCAGGAGCAGCAGGAACGGCACCACAGCACCCGCACCAGCAGCAUCGACGACAUCACCAGCAACAGCCACCGCGUCACAGCCCGCACCGCCAGCAGCUGACAGCAGCGCACCAAACGAGAGCAGCAGUCUUCCCGCUCAGGAAGUGUUUGAGGAGGAGGAUGACGAGUCGUUUGGCUUCUGAGUUGUGUAUGCUUAUGUGUGUGUUUAUGUGUGUGUGUUUAUGUAUGUG